CCCUACAUGUUGUAUAUUAGUAUAUUCCUGCGAACUUCCUGAAAUAAGCCAGGCUGUUUACUCGCGCCGUGCGGAGGAGACGCAUCAGACGGAGGUAUGCAGACACACACCACCGUCACGUUAGCGCGGUCCUCCGCCUUCAUCUGACCGCCUUCGCCGACGAUCUUGGCCCUGGAGUCUCCUCUGAGAUGUACUGUAUGCUUGCUGAAAUGAAGAGAUGCCAUCCAGUGCUGUAGUGAAAGUUUAAACUUCCGCUGGUGAUCUGUUUAAUCAGCAGAAUACAACAUGGGAUACUCCAAGGUGGUGGCUAACCAUGCCUUUGUGGUGUUUGGCAUUGCUGUGGCCAUGCUGGUCACCUGUGCUGUGGUCAGCUUCACCGUCCACCAACUGCCCAACUUCUCCGACCCAAUUGCAGGGUUCGAGCCACGAGGAACUGUGCUUGGUGACCGGCUGUUCAGCUGGGACAACCUGAACGAUGCCACCUGCAGCUUCUCCGGCUGCAUGCUGCACAAUAUUCCUCUCAAGUUCGCCCACGAACAACAACCCAAGGAUGACAGCCACGAGGAUGAUGAUGAUGAAGAUCCAAGGGCAACUGACCAGGACCGCCUGCCGGUGGUGGAACUUGAACUUGUCCACCAUUCCUUUGACCACUCGGGGAAUGGCCUGUGGGAUUCCCUGCCGCCCAAUCUCUACCAGACAACGGGCAUGGAUCUGUUCGAUGACUGGUAUGAUGAUGACGAUGACUAUGAUGAUGAGGGGGACUACAGGGUGGUACGGCCAGGUGUGGUAGAAGACAUGCAAGGAGAAGGCAGGCCUUACCCCGGGCGGGUGGAAAACAUUGGGUUCACGGCAUCAUCUGCCACAGCUGCACCUCCGUCACCCGAGCAGCCAACGGAGUGGAGCUCCAACAACGGGACGCUGGUGCUGGACUCUCCUGGUCAGGACUUUGUUGACAUCACCGCCUCACCGAGCGCCGCCUCGCCUGCCACUGCUGUAGAGACCAGGGUGGUCAGCCCCGUCGGUCAGAAGUGGACGUCCACACCGCUCACGCACAGGCCCAGACAGAAGAGGACCAUUGGCCUCUGUCAUCUCAAUCCCAGACCUCUCCAAGUCACCUUCCCAUGUAACAACCCAAGUAGGCAGUAUGCCCGAAUGGUUUUUGAGUCUGCGGGGAACUUCCAAGAUGAGUUUAACCUCUUCACGCUGCCAGCCAUCCUUUCCAUGUGCCACCAGGAGCAGGCCCUAGUCCGCGACCACGCCCAGUUCCCCAGCCUCUGCGUCUCAUCCUCCUGUGACGACUGCUGUCCCAGCUGGUCCCUGGGGAACUACAUCGCGCUCCUCCAGAACCGACAGUCCUGCAGCGCCAUCACAAAGGGGGACGUCAGGGCCGUCCUGGGCAGGUUAAAGCAUUGCGUCGGCUUUUAUCACAACAACAGCCUGAAGCAGGACUGUUGGAAGGCAGGGGAGCCGUACCAGGACAGAUGUCCACGGGUGCCGGCACAGUGUGUGGAGUACAAUGCAGUACACUCCAUCUUGCAUUACCUGGUAGACAAAGACUUCCUCAGCCCAGAUCAACCCAGUGUCGACAUCCUUCGCUAUGCCAUGGUGUUCGUUCCUGUCGCUAGUGGCCAGGCAAUGAUGGACAUAUAUCAGGACAAGUUUGACCAGAAGACCAUUUCGGAUGGUGUAACAAGAGUUGUCGGCAUAGACUUUGGAAUCAAGUACACAAUGUUUGAGCAUUACCUGCGAAUGGAUACCGUGUAUCCCUGCAUAGCCAUGGCCAUUGUGAUCAUCAUUAUCCGUCUGUACACAGGCUCUGCCUUUAUCACUUUUAUGACCGUUUUCACGAUUGUCAGUUCACUCGUUGUGUCAUAUUUCUUCUACACCCUCGUGUUCCAGUUUCCAUUCUUCCCUUUCAUGAACCUCACCACUGUCAUCCUGUUGGUGGGAAUCGGAGCAGACGACGUGUUUGUGUACUGUGACAUUUGGCAGCACAGCAAGCAGGAGAGACCAGGCUCAUCCCUAGUGGACAUAGUCUCAGACACCCUCGGACAUGCAGCGUUAUCCAUGUUCGUGACCAGUUUCACCACUGCAGCCACCUUUUACGCCAACUUUGUCAGUAAGAUAACAGCCAUUCGCUGCUUUGGUGUCUACGCAGGCACGGCUAUCCUGGCCAACUUCAUCCUCAUGAUCACCCUCAUCCCAUCCACUGUCGUCAUCUACGAAAAGUACGUCGCCAACAUCUGCACCUUCAAGAAGAAAAGCAACGUCUACUCCCUCAAGAAGACCUGCGUGGAGAUCUUCUGUGACCUUGGCAGGAAGGUCGAGUACGAGCUCUCGGAGAUGUCCAGGAUAUUCUUUGACAAGCUCCUCCCCUGCAUCGUGAUCAAGUACCGGUACGUGUGGCUGGUGUGGUUUGUAGGGAUGAUGGUCGGAGGUUUCUGCAUCCUGUUUGUGAGCCCUGGACUCCACCUUCCUAGCCAGAAGGACUUCCAGGUCUUCAGCAGAUCCCACCCGUUUGAACAGUACGACAUGGUCCACAGGGAGCAGUUCUGGUUCGAGAAGGCACAAGACAACGAGUAUGCCUACCUCCCCAUCACCAUGAUCUGGGGUAUCGUACCAAAGGAUAAUGGAAAUCACCUGAACCCAGACAGCCGAGGUAAAGUCCUCUUUGACGACACGUUUGACGUCACAAGUCCUGCAUCACAGGAGUGGCUAAAGGGAUUCUGCCUCCGUCUCAGAAACCAGUCCUUCUAUCAGCCAACCCCAGGGCCACAGCUUACCAACUGCUUCAUUGAGCUGUUCCAACAGUGGAUGGACCGUGAGUGUGUGGACGAGCUGACAAGAGAGGACUUCCACCCCUGCUGUAACAAGCACACCUUUCCAUAUCCCACAGACGUGUUCAAGCACUGCAUCAAAGUGGCCACCAUGGAACUAGACAACAUGCCCAGGUUUAGGUUCUACAGGGAAACACCCGGGCCCAGGUUUGACGAGAACGACAAGAUCAGGGGUCUCAUCAUUGAGUUUGACAGCAAGUACAAGUUCACCCUUGCGUUCGAUACCAUGGACAAGUUUUACCAUGAGGUUGAAACAUGGAUGCAAGUUGAGAUGAAGAAUGCGCCUGCAACAAUGUCACAUGGAUGGUUCGUCAGCUACUUUGACCACUAUGCGCUGCAGGAUAACCUGGCCACUGGGACCCUGAUAGCAUUGGGCCUGUCUGUGGCAAUUGCAUUAGCCGUCAUGUUCGUCACCACACUCAAUGUACUCAUCAGCCUCUAUGCCAUACUAUCCAUUGUUGGAACAAUCGUCGUGACCGUUGGAUCACUGGUGUUGCUGAACUGGGAGCUGAACAUCCUGGAGUCAGUCAUCAUGUCAGUUGCAGUAGGGCUGUCUGUGGACUUUUCUGUGCACUAUGGCGUCGCUUAUCGCCUGGCGCCAGAAAAGGACAGGGAAUCUCGCGUCAUCUUUUCCCUCUCCAGAAUGGGUUCGGCCAUCACUAUGGCAGCCUUGACCACCUUUGUUGCCGGCGCUCUGAUGAUGCCGUCAACGGUUUUGUCGUACGUCCAGCUGGGAACCUUCCUCAUGCUGGUCAUGACCAUCAGCUGGGGCUACGCGACCUUUUUCUUCCAGAGCCUGUGUCGCAUGCUGGGCCCAGAGGGAAACUGUUGCCACAUCUCCAUCCCAGCCUGCCAUCUGCCAUGUGACGGGAUGCAGGUAGUCACGUCAGACUCUUCUCAACAACCGGCUGUAACAUACGAAAUGGAGCCGUUGACGUCACGAAAAGUCUCCCGAUAUAGACAGAGCGGAGACACGCCCCAUGUCUCCAUCACCACGGUGAACGGCAGUUUGCUCCUGCCACCAAAAGGCCGGGCGCCCUCCAAGCUUCCCGACCAGUUGACGACUAUUAGUGUACGUCAAAACAGGGGCCAGCAUAAAGAUAAGGACUUAAACACCAUCGCUGCCCGGCAGAAUGGACAAAGCAGUCAGCUUCGUCUCAAGUUGAAUGACGAAAGUGAAGUGGAAAGCCAGGAUACAGUGCCAAAUCACAGAUCCAAUGCCCCUGACAUCUGGGUGCCCAGGGAAGGGGACAGUAGUUCUCAGGAGGUCAGCAGAUGACAGGUGUGAUUACAAGCAGGGUGAAGAAUUUUGGAACUCGCAGCUACAAUGUAUAUAUUAGAGAAAAACAUCUGUCGAGAUUUAGUUCCAUGUCUGUGACCGUGAGACACUAAAGGAUAAUAAUCGUUUAGAAUGUUUUCUUUUAGCAACAGCUUUCAGCUACUAGCCAGUAUUCCUUUUAUCCUAAAGAGAAUAUGAGCAAUACUCCUCCAUACUGGAGCGUUUAUGUGGAAAACAAGACUGUGAUUUUAAGUGUUAAAAUUGUACAGAAGUGCAUAUUGCAUCAGUAAGGUACAUUUGUACAUGUACAUUGUACAUUUCCUUUCUCUACACCAUCCCAAAGUGCCGUCGUCUGUACCUGUUGCCUGCGAUAUUAGGAUUGAAAUAAGCUUGAAACGUGUGAAGUCAUUCUUGUCAUCUGUAGUGUUAGCAAUAAGUAAACCUAAAUCAAGGCACUGCAGUGGAAAAGCUAGGAUCAAAUGAUUCUAGUAUAUCAUGGUGGCAAUAGAUUCUAAUUGGACCUCAGCUGUACCUGUUUUUGAAAUACUUUGAAUGGAAGUGUUUUGACACUGAUGCAAAGUUUACAUUAAUAGAAUUAGACUGGUAUUUUUACAGGAAUUCACUUGUAGCAGGAUCGUAUAGUACAUUCCUUUGGGAAUUAUUUUAUUGGAUCAGCAAUUUCAAAAAUUAUAGUGAUAAUAAUGCCAACGGGAAAAUGUGUUUAGAGAUCCGUUUCAUACUCUUCUUAUCAUCUCAUCUUUCUCUUGAAGUACAGUAAAUGAACUGUGCAGAUUUUAAUAACCUAAAAUUUACUCUUUUGGACUUAUAAGUGUUGUGUUCUGUGCUUUCCUACUUAUCUUGCCAUUACAUGUAUGUCUGUACAUGAAGUGGAAAUGUUUCACCCUGUAUUGUCAGUGGUCUGGUCCUGCAGUUGUAUGGCAUUUAUUUUGUAUGUUCCUGUAGCUUUGUGAGUCCUGUGAUAUAUGCAGUACUGUGUAGAUUGAUCAAGGACUUAGAGUCAUAGUUUUAUAUGAAAUGUUCACAAUCAUGUAUUUGUAAAAAUCAUGGUAACAGUGUUGCUACCACUACCGGUACUGGCCUACAUACCGGUAGUUUUUUUUUCCUGUAAACUAGGUUUGUAUUGAUGAAUAUUGAUGAUUUUCUAACAUGUUCAUGUUCUUGUUCUCAAUCUUCUUUGCCCUGCAGAGUUGGUGCUAAGAAGCCUACUGAAUUUAAUCCUUCAAUUUUGGCAAUAAGGAGAACUAAACAAAAUAUAUUAUGUAUGGUAUAAAGCAUUUGUGCAAAUUCUAUCCACAAGUCAAUUUUCUUAAUAGAAAAAUAAGAAUUUUAAAGUGAACUUGUAUGGCAUCAACUCGCUUGUCUUGUAUAAAGAUUAUCAUGAAUUGAAUAAUCUGUGUUAAGGAAGCUGUAUAGAUCCUAAUAGUAUCGACUAAUGAUGUCUCCUGUGGAAAUAUUUAUAAAUAUGAUGUACAAAUGUAAGUACAUUAUUGUUUGAUAUGUACUGUAUAUUUUACUACCUCAGAUGCCUAUAUUUUGUGCUGGUGAUGGUGUGAUGCUCUGCAAAAGCAGCUUUACUACAUUGUAUCUACAGACAAUGGUGAACUAAUGCUGUGUCUCAAAUAAGUUAUAUAUAGUGGAGUGGGGGAAAACAGUUGUAUCUUAUGUAUCUUUAAGUUAUCCUUAACUUCUAAAUGUAUGUUCUCAGUUGUGUUGCAAGAGAUUUUACAUCAGAACUUUCCCCAACAACAGCAAUUGUUCAGGACAAAUAAAACUUUCAUUAUUCUACAUAUUGAAACAAUUGUCUUUCCGAAUACUUAAACAUAAUACAACAUACGUUAGACAGUUGUACAUCUUGACAGAUUUUAAUACAUUUAUAAGUAUGAUACACUGGAAAAUUUGUAAACCUCGUAUAAUACAGAUUUUGGUACCUUGCACUUUAUCAUUGUAAUGUCACCUUAUGAUUGUACAUGUGUACUGGUAAAAUUGUAAACAAUUUCUCGGCAAUUUCACUGUAUUUAUGGUUGCAUUAUUGUAUGCUACUUACAAUGUAGUACCAGGUCCCAGUGUAUUAGUUGCAACUAAGGAAUUGCACAAUCUUUCAACAGCAGCUCUACAAAACUUUACUAUCGUGGUAAAAAUACGUUAUUCAACGUCAUGUACAUCUGGUACUAGUACUGUGCUCAUAUACUUUCUAUGACCAAAUAUAUCAUUUUCACAUAGA